GUCUCUCCUCGGAACUGCCCUCGGCUGAGGAAACGUCUUCCUCAGUUCGCUGAUUAACAGCUGCUGAGGCGGCGAGCCUUUAUGGUUCCUCAACGCCGUCCGCACGGCUCGGUGGUUCCCGUUAUGGACGCGAGGACCCGGGGCGAAGCAGUGCGCCGCAUCCCCCCAGAUGGCGGAGUGGAGUGAGUGAGGAUGCGCUUCCCCAGCUCCAUCUUUGUGUCGGUGUCUCUGUUCACGGCCGAGACCACGGCAGCGCUGUACCUCAGCUCCACGUACAGCUCCGCCGGAGACCGGAUGUGGCAGGCGCUCACGCUGCUCUUCACGCUGGUUCCGUCCGUGCUCGUCCAGCUCACCCUCACCUUCAUCCACCGGGACCUGAGCAGGGACAGACCGCUCAUCCUGCUGCUGCACAUCCUGCAGCUCGGUCCCGUUGUCAGGUGUCUGGAGGCGUUCUGCAUCUACGGCAGUGUGGGCCAAGUGGAAGAGCCUUAUGUCAGCAUCACAAGGAAGAAGCAGAUGCCCCACGAGGGUCAGUCCGAGGAGGUGGAGCGGCAGGUGGGGCAGGCAGAGGGGAAACUGUUCACACACCGAGCAGCGUUCUCCCGCACUUCUGUGAUCCAGGCCUUCCUGGGAUCAGCUCCACAGCUCACCCUUCAGCUCUACAUCUGUGUGUUGCAGCGGGGGGUAUCCAUUGGGAGAGCCACACUGAUGGUGAUCUCGCUUCUGUCCAUUGUGUACGGAGCACUGCGCUGCAACAUCCUGGCCAUUAAGAUUAAAUACGAUGACUAUGAGGUGGACAUCCGACCAAUGGCUUACCUCUGCAUCUUCCUGUGGAGAAGCUUCGAGAUCGCCACACGUGUGGUGGUCCUGGUUCUUUUCAGCUCCGUGCUGCAGCUCUGGGUCCUGCCCAUGGUUUUCCUGAACUUCUUGGUUUUCUUCUUCUACCCAUGGAUCCUGUUCUGGCAGAGCCACUCGCCGUUCCCCGAGAACAUAGAGAAGACCCUCACCAGGGUGGGAACCACCAUCGUGCUCUGCAUGCUCACCUUCCUCUACGCCGGCAUCAACAUGUUCUGCUGGUCGGCCGUGCAGGUGAAGCUGAGCGACCCGGACCUCAUCAACAAGUCCCAGAACCGGUAUCGCAUGGCUGUGUACUACAUGGUCCGCUUUGUGGAGAACGCCUCGCUGCUCUUGCUGUGGUACAUCUACAAAACGGACUUCUACGAGUUCAUCUUUGCCCCGCUGCUGGUGCUGCAGCUGCUGCUUGCCUACAUCAUCGCCAUCUUCUUCAUGCUGGUCUUCUACCAGUUCUGCCAUCCAUGCCGGAGGCUCUUCUCCUCCAGCAUGACACAGGGCCUUUGGGAUUGCUCCUCCUUCCUCCAUGUCCUGUGUACCUCUGCUUCCCCCCAGAACACGCCCAUGGGAAGGGCAGCAACGGAGCAAUCUUCACGCCAAGAGCCAUCCAACAACCAAGUCCCCGACACAGCCAGCGACAGCGCAGACGACGUUCCAAAUGACACAACAUAUGAUGUGCUUAAUGACACAAUCUAUGACAUUCCUAAUGUGGAAAACAGCAGCAUAGGUGGAGUCAGCAGGGAUGUAAGACACAGUGCGUCCUGCAACGUCUAAAGCAUCACAACUGUCCCAAUGUGCCAUUCAGCAGACUUUUCAUAACCUUUAAAGUGCCACGUGUCCCUUUGUUGGUUUUACAGACCUCUGAUCUCGUAUAUCAGUCUCUGCUUUUAAAUGGAUUCAUUCUGACUGCAAUGACGCAGAGGUGAUGAUCGCCCAUAUUUUCAGCCAACAGUAUCCUUCCUGCAGCCUUCAUAACGUGCUGUAUGUAUAAGGAUCACCUGGAGCCCAUACAUUUAAUCUGAUUGUAUUAGUACCCAUUUUUGGCAUGGAUGCAUGCAGAUGUCUAACCUCAGGUGAGAUAUAAAAGCUAUUAUGAAGAACCCAUCCUCGCCAGUUUUAUGGCUGCAUACAAUUAGCUUUUUUUAGUCCUCCAGUAAGAGCUUUAUGUUAUCAUGCAGUGCUUCUGUGAGGUGCUCAUGCUUGAUGAUGAGACGUUUGAUCCACGUAACAGAUAAAGAACCACUCCACAUGAUACUGUAAAGCAAAGACAUCACCAAGAAGCGUAGUAUGUAUUUUGCAUGUUUACAAAAGAAAAUAUUUGAUUGUCUUUUUUCUGUACAGUCAAGCAGCAGCCAUAGUGAUGUGAAAUGCUAUGUUUGUAUGUUUUAUCACUUAGAAUAUUUAAAACACACAAAAGGGACUAUAUUUAACUGAACGAAAUCACCAAAUAUAUGUACUUGUUUCUAAUCUUAAAUGUAACUUUACGAUUGACAGAAGGAAUGUCAGUGUGCUUGUUUUUGCACCAACUCCUUUUUGCAACGUCUUUGCAGAGGAAUCGCCAGAAUGCUUCUGUUUGUUCAUAUACACAGCAAUUAAUACCAAAAAAUAAAAAAUACAAACAUUCUGACACAUUAAAGCAUAAAAAGUAAAACGUCUAGUUAAAAAUAAAUCUAUAUUUAUAUGUGAAAA